ACCGCAGCAGCCGAGCGCACCGGGCACCACCACAGCCAACAGCCAAGCCCGCACCUCGAGUCGCGAGAAACUUCCUCUUCCAGUCUUCCUCCUCCGCCCUGAUUGCUUGCUUGCGCGCUCCGAGCAGCCAGAUCCCCGGGUAGCCGAUCGAGAAGCUUCUGGAAGGACCGGGAGGUGGUGGCGGUGGCCGGGAGGGAAGUGGGCACCGGGAGCGCUGCGGGGAUGCCGCUGCUGCGCAGACGCCGGCGGGGCCGGUGAUGCCCGCCGCGGUGGUCGCCUGAGAGCAACGGUGGUUGGGAUUGCUUCCUGGUGGUGUGUGCUUGGUUACCUCUCGGAGUUUGAAGACUGUCAGAUCAACUACUUAACUCAGGAGCAAGCUUUUGUGCCUUCUUGUGUUUGAGGGCGAAAGCAACUUGAUUUAGUGUUUUCAUCAGGUGAUUAAACUAGUUCGCUCUUUGACCUGGAUUCAUUCAGACAAAGUGACAGCAGCUUCUAAGCUCACUUAAAUUCUGGUUGUAAGUGUUUGGCUUAGCAGUGUUGAAGAUAAAGACGGAAGCUUGGUUUAUACUUUGCUGACUCGAUUUUUGCGUGCAACAGACCAGCUUCAAUUGAAUUUUUCAGUAGAUUCCGGCAAUUGGAUCAAUUCAAGUAGGUGAGUGGAAUUGAUCCUUUUGAAGAUUCCGAUCCAAGUUCAGUUCACGAGUAGAGUCAUGAAUUCUAUAGGUUUUCUCUUGGAAAUUUAACACUAAUUUGGCUGCUCUUUUGGGACUGGGCGCACAAAUUUGAAAUAUUGGGAGUACUGGUGUGAUAUAGAGGUCUAGGAGGAGAUAUGAGGUACUACUUGCGCCAGGUCCAGCGUUUGGUUGGAGAUAUGGAAGGAGGAGCUCUCUUGUUUGUAGAAGACCUCGACUCCAAGUGACAAAGCUAUCAGUUGUUGACACUUCCAUUCUAUUUUUGUUUCUUUUUCCUGGAUUAGGAGAUGGAGGUGAAUUCUUCCGGUGAGGAAAUGUUGGUAAAGGCAAGAAAGCCUUACACAAUUACGAAGCAGCGGGAGCGAUGGACUGAGGCAGAGCACAAACGGUUCCUUGAAGCCUUGAAACUUUAUGGCAGAGCAUGGCAACGCAUAGAAGAGCAUAUUGGGACAAAGACUGCUGUGCAGAUCAGAAGUCAUGCUCAAAAGUUCUUCACCAAGUUGGAAAAGGAAGCUAUGAGCAAUGGUACUUCUCCAGGGCAAGCUCAUGACAUUGACAUACCUCCACCACGGCCCAAAAGAAAGCCUAACAGUCCAUAUCCUCGGAAAAGUGGUCUCAGCUCUGAUACACCAACCAAGGAAGUUCAAAAUGAUAAGUCAACAAUAUCAAAUAUGAGAUGGACCAAUGGUAAUGCAGAAAUGGUAGGUGAUGCAUCUCUUCAGAAACUUCAAAGAAAGGAGGUGUCUGAAAAAGGAAGUUGCUCGGAAGUUCUUAAUCUCUUUCAAGAUGCUCCAUCUGCAUCAUUUUCUUCAGUUAACAAAAGCUCUUCGAAUCAUGGUGCACCCAGGGGCAUUGGACCAACCAAAACAGAAAUCAGAGAUACACCCACCAUGGAAAAGAAUUCUUUUCCCAUUGAUGUGCAAGCGGAUGUAAAAGAGAUCAAUGAUCUGGAAAUGGAAAGGCUUAAUGGAAUCCAUAUCAGCUCUAAAUCUGACCAUUCUCAUGAAGAAUAUUUGGAUACCUCAAGGCAACAAAUGAAGCUAAAGCCAACGUCUGUGGAGAUGACAUAUGUGGACAGACAAAUCGCAAGAGCUUCACACUCUCAAAUGGAGAGAAAUGGGGCAACUAGCAUUCCGGUCACUGGAACUGAAGGAACUCAUCCUGACCAAGCAAGUGAUCAAGAGGUAGCCAAUGGAAGCAUGAACCCAUGCAUCCAUCCAACAGAUUCUGCCGAUCCAAAAUUUGAUAGUUGUGCCACACCGCAGCCCUUCCCUCACAAUUAUGCUGCCUUUGCACCGAUGAUGCAAUGCAACUGCAAUCAAGAUGCCUACAGGUCUUUCUUCAACAUGUCAUCCACCUUCUCCAACAUUCUUGUUUCCACAUUGUUGUCAAACCCUGCCAUCUAUUCAGCCGCUAGGCUUGCAGCGUCGUACUGGCCAGCAGCAGGAAGUAACACUGUUGAUCCAAAUCAAGAAAAUCCCGCAGAGGGUUCUCAAGGAAGGAACAUAGGUUCUCCUCCAAGCAUGGCUUCUAUUGUAGCAGCUACAGUUGUUGCAGCAUCUGCAUGGUGGGCAACACAAGGUCUUCUCCCUUUUUUUCCUCCACCCAUGGCUUUUCCAUUUGUCCCGUCUCCUAGUUCUACCUUUCCCACAGCAGAUGUUCAACAAGCUUCAGAGAAAGACAGAGACUGCCAGGUUGAAAAUGCACAGAAGGAAUGCCAAGAACCUCGAAUACAUGAUCAGUCUGAAACUUUAAGAGUUGCAGCAUCUUCAGAGUCUGAUGGGAGCAGAAAAGGCGAGGUGUCUCUCCACACUGAAUUAAAGAUAUCUCUGGUCCAGAAUACUGACACCACACCUGCCACAGGAGCUGACACAAGUGAUGUGUUCAGAAACAAGAAAAAGCAGGAUCGCUCUUCAUGCGGUUCCAAUACACCUUCAAGUAGUGAUUUAGAGGCAAAUAAUGUUCCUGAGAAACAAGACAAGGCUAACGACAACCCGAAGCAAGCCUCCUGCAGUAACUCGUCAGCUGGUGACACUAACCACCGCAGAUUUAGGAGCAGUGGAAGCACAAGUGAUUCGUGGAAGGAAGUUUCUGAAGAGGGUCGUCUGGCUUUUGAUGCGCUGUUCAGUAGAGAAAAGCUUCCCCAGAGCUUUUCUCCUCCGCAUGCAGAAGAAUCAAAGGAGAUUACCAAGGAGGAAGAUGAAGUGACCACGGUGACAGUUGACCUCAACAAAAAUGCCACAGUUAUCGAUCAUGACCUCAAUACAAUGGAUGGGUCAAGUGCUUCCUUUACCAAUGAACUGUCGCACCUGAAGCUGAAAUCCAGCAGGACAGGCUUCAAACCGUACAAAAGAUGCUCGGUGGAAGCAAAGGAGAAUAGGGUGCCGGCUAAUGAUGAGGUUGGUACCAAGAGGAUUCGUCUUGAGAGCGAAGCAUCUACCUGAAUUUAUUUCUACAUGGUUACUGGCCUCUACCAGGAAGUUGAUGUCUAAAAUUAUAUUUACGUCUAAGCUACAAUAGGACUUCAGACCUUGCAAUGCAGUACUUCAUAAAACUCAAUUUAUUGUGUGUUGUAUCUUAAUGCUUGGCAAGCAGCCCUUCUAGACUGCUUUUAAAACUUGUCUCGUAGACUCUGAAUUAAGCAUUAAGCGACUAUUGAACUUCUUGGUAAAA